AGCGAAGCUUGAAAAGGUCACAGCGUCUGUCCGCAAUCCCUCCGAUGAUCACACGUACAAAAUGGAAUCAUCCAAUGGUUGGUUCUGGCCAGCUUGCAUGGCCGGUUCUCUUCAGUGCUCUGUCGGCAUCGUGCUGUCAGUGUGGCCCUCCCUGCGUGUGGGCGGGGAGGGCCACACUAACAACACGGGGCACCCAGCACCACAAGAGAAGCAGCCAGCAAAUCACCUCUCAACACAAGACGCACACUACACUGCAGCAUUAUUACUGAAGUACAUAAUUGUAUCAGCCCCCCCUCUCAACGUCUGACGGGCACAGUCGAUCCCACACAGACUGGUCAAACUCACCAAGAUGCUCGAGCACCACGUCGGCAAUCACAAACCGCUUGUCCACCUCCCCCCCAUGGCGCACAUCCGGGACAGCCACACACCUCAUCCGGGCAGCCUUGGCAGCCAGCACCCCGUUCAGAGAGUCCUCGAUCGCCACACACUGAGUCGGGUGCACCCCCAGCGCCUUGGCGCAAUUGAGAUACACCUCAGGAUGCGGCUUGCCGUGCUGCAGGUCGCCAGCAGAUGUGAGCACGUCGAAGUACCCCCGAAUGCCGAGGCGAUCCACGGCCGCCUCGAUGAGCGGCAUCGCGCUGGACGAGCAGAUGGCCAUCAGGACCUUCUUGGACUUGGCAAAGUCCAAGGCGUCCUUCAUUCCCUUCAUGGGAUGGCCGCUCUCCUGGAUGUGCUUGACCAUUAGCGAGAGGAUCAGGUCUCGGAGGGCCCUUCGCGUGAUGCCUGUGGCGGCCUCGUCCCAUGGCUGCUCGGCGUACCGCAGUUCGACGAUCUCAUCGAUGCGCAGGCCAGUGGUCUCGCGGCAGUCCUCCUCAGUCAAAAUGCGGCCCACUUUUCCGAAGCCCUCGAUCUCCGCCAGCCACCACUGAGGAAAACAAACGGACACGUCAAGCACACACAUGAGACAGACAAGCCCCCUCCUUCACUGCGCUGCGCUGCGCCCUCUCACCAGAGGUUCGCUGUCCAGUAGGCAUCCAUCCUGUGGGCCGCGCCACACACAACAAGAAAACAGCACAAUCGAUGCUCAACUAACUGCCUUUUCCAACCGCCCAGCUUUCCUCUCCCUCUCCCUCUCCCUCUCCACUCACUCACUCACUGCCUGCCUGGCUAUCUGCCUGGCUGUUUGCCAUCCAUCCAUCCAUCCAGGCAUCCGUACCAGGUCCACGAUAACGCUCUUCAAUGGAAUGCUGGACGCCGAACGACUCCAAGUACCCAUAUGAGGGGAUGAUGAUGAGGCCGGGAGACAACGACGGGAUGAUG